GCCAUACUGGUUUUAUUUGGGGGCAGAAGUGAGCCCACUGUUUAGUAUUAGUACCUACCCGGGUAGGCUCGUCGCGAUUUUUAGGGUUCUCUGUUAGGGAUAGGUUAUAGUACCCGGUACUUUUUUGAACAUAUUCCACCGUGUUCCAAGCGAUCUGAAAAAGUGAUGUCAACAGACUGCAUGAUACCGAUUGACUAGUCAAUGGCGUCACUUGAGGAGUCAUGAGAGUGUCUCCUUCAUGAGCCACUAUUUUAAAAACCUGGCGACGAGGAAAUUGGCAACAUAGAAACAAUACUGUGGUCCUCGAGUCCAUGAGGGAGUCUAUGAGAACUAACUCACUGCUGCCGCUGCUGGAAAAUAAAGGAACUGCAGCUUCUGGUGCUUAAGGUUACUGAAAAGUCAAGUGGAAAAGCACAAACAUGGAGUGAAAAUAUGAUUUUUGUUUAUCAGGGAGAACCUGCUGUUAUAUUUACCAACAGCUUCCAACACUGUAAGUUGACUUGAGCUUUUCACGUGAGGUGUACGCCACUAUGAUAUGGCAAGGAGAGGGGCUCCUGGCUCCUCCUCUUCCUUGUGUCUUUAUGGGGAAUGUCAGGCUUGUGCCCCCUGUUGAAACAGCGUUCUGUAUCUAGGACUGGUGUCGCUCUGGCCUCUUCCACCUCCUGUUUAUUGACACAGAUAUGCUUUAAAAGUUAUAAAAACCAACAUCACACACAACAAAGACUGUUGUGUGUGAUGAAUCACUACACCUGUGUCUGUAUGACACCUGUGAGGCGGGUGAGUGCUGCUCCGUCCUUCACAGAUAGAGAUGCAACACAAAGUAAUAAAACAAAAGUGAUCAUAUGUGAUGAUGACGCGUUAAAAGCAAGUGAAUUAGAAAGUUACAGCAGAGAUAUAAUAACAUGUAAUAGUUGAGUAAUUUUAUAAAUGUCUUUAUUUACUUGUGGUUUGCAGAUAUGAACUGAAGCGGUCUGACAGAAGAAUCUACUAGUAUGCUUUUCAAUUUGAAGUUUACGGAUGAUACAGGAUGAAACGCCUCCGGUCCUCCAGCAGCAGUGACACUUCUGACAAUGAGAGUCCAUCGACCUCGUUCUGCUCCUCCAACAAAUAUGGGAGCAAACCUGGAACACCUGCAUCCAACCCGAAGAAGCCAGCUGAGGUGUUCAGGAAAGACCUGAUCAGUGCAAUGAAGCUGCCUGACUCCCACCACAUCUCCCCAGAGGACUGCUACCUGCUGGCAGACACCUGGAAGCAGGAGUGGGAGAAAGGAGUGCAGGUACCAGCGAGCCCAGACACCAUCCCAGAGCCGUCCGUCAGAGUAAUCGCGGAGAAGCAGAAGGAAACGCUGUACACCCACCAGAAGAAGUACAUCCAGUGCUGGAGCCAGGAGUCCAAGGAGCCGGGUUUCGUGAGCAUCAAAGAGCUGGCGGAGGCCAUGUGCCGCUACGACCUGGAUGACAUGGACCUCUACUGGCUGCAUGUGCUCAACCACGAGCUUGAACGCAUGGGUGAAGAGCCGGUGGACGAGCUAAUGAUGGAGCGAGCGAUGGAGGCGCUGGAGAGGCAGUGCCACGACAACAUGAAGCACGCCAUCGAGACAGUGGAGGGUCUGGGGAUUGAAUAUGAUGAAGACGUCAUCUGUGAUGUGUGCCGCUCUCCGGACAGCGAGGAGGGCAACGACAUGGUGUUCUGUGACAAGUGCAACAUCUGUGUGCACCAGGCGUGCUACGGCAUUGUUAAGGUGCCCAUUGGUAACUGGCUGUGCCGGACAUGCGUCCUCGGUAUUGACCCGCAGUGCCUCCUGUGUCCCCAGAAAGGCGGGGCCAUGAAGGCGACACGAGCCGGCACAAGGUGGGCUCAUGUGAGCUGCGCUCUGUGGAUCCCUGAGGUGAGCAUCGCCUGUCCAGAGAGGAUGGAGCCCAUCACCAAAGUCUCCCACAUCCCCCCCAGUCGCUGGUCUCUGAUCUGCAGUCUGUGCAAGCUGAAGACAGGUGCGUGCAUCCAGUGUUCAGUAAAGAACUGCACCACACCCUUCCACGUGACCUGUGCGUUCCAGCACAGCCUGGAGAUGAAGACGAUCCUGGAUGAAGGGGAUGAAGUCAAGUUCAAGUCGUACUGCCUAAAACACAGCCAGCCCAAAGCCGGAGAGGCCGGCCUGAGCCCGGCUCGAUCCAAAGCCCCUGGAGAGGCGGGGAAGGGGGGCCAGCGAGCUCAGCGGCUGCAGGAGCUGGAGGAGGAGUUCUACACCCUGAUCGAGCCCGAGCAGCUGGCCCGGGACCUUGGGCUGUCCCCGCACCUGGUGGACUUCAUCUACCAGUACUGGAAGCUGAAAAGGAAGAGCAGCUUCAACAGGGCUCUGCUGCCCCCUAAAGAGGAGGAGGAGCAGCUGGUGCUCCAGCCGCAGGAGGACAGCAUCCACACCCGGAUGCGCAUGUUCAUGCACCUGAGGCAGGACCUAGAAAGGGUGAGGAACCUGUGUUACAUGGUGAGUCGGCGGGAGAAGCUGAAGCUGCUGCAGAGCAAAGCUCAGGAGCAAAUGUUCAACUUGCAUGUGAAGCUCACGAACCAGGAGAUUUCUGCAGGUCUUCCUGCUUCAUUCCCCUUGGAGAGUGUGCUGUCCCGGCCUCCUCCGAGGAUCACUCUGAAGCUGAAGAUGCCCAAAGCUCUGGGUGUUGGGAACGGACCGCUGUGCCCAGACAACAGCGGGAACGUGGGUGAGCACGGCGGUGAGGGGGUGGGCCAGGGGAAGCCUCAGCUGCACGGCCGCAGCAUCAGAGACGAGCGCUCCACCAGCCGAACGUCUUCGACCAGCGGUGCACCGCAGCACGUUAAACCAAGCGGGAAACCUCUGACGCUGCACGGCGCGCUUCACGGACAGCCUUCCAACAGCAAUGGCAGACUGGAGCGAGACCGAGCACGCCUGGCCAAAUCUAAUGGCGUGCUGGAGAAGGGCGCUGCUCAGAGGGACGGCUCAUGCCAGACGCCCGCUGACCGCAACACUGCAAACGAGAAGAGCGUCUUUCGCAAGUCCGCCAUGGAGCACUUUGGCCGCUCCUUCAAACAGGCCACAAUCAACCUGGUCCGGACCACCGAGGACCUGCGGGCAGACAAACUGUCCCGGAAGAGCGGUGCCAAGGAGAGGCUGUGGGCCAAACCAGCACCGGAGCACCGCUUGAAGAGUGCGCGAUCGUAUCAGGACAGCGACGGGUACUGCCCCGACGCUGAGCUCAGCGACUCUGAGCCAGAGGCCAAAGGUCAGUGCAGGCGGCCACUCGGGCUGCCGGACAUUCCGAGGAAAGGGAAACAGGCACCAGGCUCUAGGCACGCCAUGCAGAGGUGACGGCUGUGCAAACUGUGGGGCUGACGGUCCGCACGAGGACGCACGGUGAAGGCGAUCGGCUCGCUAAGUCCUAACAUACUGACCAUGUUUCCGGCCCCAGCAUCUCUUGGAGCGCACGUGCAGAAACAUACAUACGGCUCGGGGGUGGGAGGCGCUGUGGGGUGGGGGGGGGACCCUAGUGUAUUGUGUGCACACGGGCAUGUAAAUAUCACGUGACUCCCGCCCGUCAGCGCUGCACGUCUCCUUGUCUCUGCCUUCACACCGAGGUGCUGCAACUCUUUGUCUACCUUUCUGAAAACACGAAUGCCUUCUGUGUGCAGAAACACUCCACACGCUUUAGCUUCCAGAAACAGUUAGAAACAAUAGAAACACAUUCCAUGGUGCGACAGACACUGGACUGAGGUCUUCAAUCAUCAUGAUGAGCCUUUAUUAUAUCACAACCUUUAAUUGUGAAAGCGAGCUGCAGUUUUUGUUACGAGGUGCAAUUCUUGCUGCUCAGCCCAAAAAAAAUAGAAUAAAAAGUGGGCGUGCUCUUCUCCUUACUUCCUGUCGUGUACCUGCACUUCGUGCUCGAUGAUCGCGUCAGUUGAGCUCCAACUCCUCUGAACACUCAGUUUAUCAGUUUGUUUUUUGUUUUUGUAUAUCUUUGGCCCUCUGAAGUCACAGAGAGAGAAUAGAAACCCCGCCUACAAGCUGUUUGGAACAGCUAGAGGGGCAGCUAAUCAGAAGACGAUAACCUGGAGCAGUGGUAAACAGCUUGUUUCAGGUGGAAGGGCUGUUGGAGCUGAGAAUCACGCAAAGUUGCUGUCAUGGGGCGGAGUUUAAACCUCAGCUGUGAUCUGAAAAUCAGGAAAACGUGUUCAGAGCUCGACUGACGCGUUCGGGUGUAGAAACAGGGUAAAAGACAACAUCUGUGCUGCUUCCACAUGAUCUAACUGCCUCUCUUAGGGCAUCUCCACUUGUGUCACUACGAGCAGCCGAGAGGUUCGCUUUGAGGAUUAAACCAUCUUGGAGAGCGACUUCACUGCGAAUGCUUCAGUGUCAAUCAGGUUCAGUUAUAACGUUCAAAUGCAACCUCUGGUGAAUGUGCGUGUGGUCUUGAGUCGACGUUCUGACCUUCAGAUGUCUGCUUUUGGUUUAUUGCAGUAAUGAUAUUAGUCGGCGGUCUGAGUUGAGCUGCGUGCACACUGUCGCUCAGUUUUCGUGUCCUGUUUGCUGCCCACGAACCACUAAAGCUCGAGUGUCCGCAAACAUGGCCAAAACAGUGACAUCAUCUCCAGGACCAAAGCACCAGCAGCGUGACGCGGCGGUCGGAAGCUGGAGGCAAGCGCCAUAUUUGAAACGAGUCGGUUUCUUUUUUUGGGUUGAGCUGCAGAAACAGAACCCGUCAUGGGUUUGUCCUAUUUUUCUACAGAUGCUGAGUCAGUGCUUUUAUUUUAUACCUUCAUUUUUACCUCAUUUUUAUGCAGAUCCUUCCUCAUUUAACAGAAACCGUCUCUCGUGGCUCAGCGUGGUGUCUCCACACAGACCGCAGGCAUGGUCACAGGCUGUAAACGGGCCUGUCGGCUCAGCUGCGAGCAGAAGGUUGAAUCCUCGGCGGCUCCAAGCAGGUGGAGCGGCUGCAGGAAACACUACAUGAAGCCCAGAGUUAAACUUUGACCUCCAUCGCUCGCCAUUCUGAGCCUGUGUGUGAGAGUGAAGCUGUGCGCCCACCCACGGCGCUCCAACACUAACGUAUUCGCAAAGAUCUUUUUUUCAUGUUUUUUCCUCGUUUGGAAAAUCAUUUUUUAAUAAAGUCUAAAUGUUAAAGUC